AUGGCGGGCUAUCCGAACCGCAUGUCGACAUACUCCACCCUAUCAAAUCCUACUCCACGCCCGGGCCAUCUGGCGUCGCAACAAGUCUCCACAACUACACUCCUCAAUGCGUUACACACAAGCAACACCUCCGGCGAGCCGUACUGCUUAGAAGCCAGCACUAGCCUGGUUGUCAACACAUGGGCCACUGCGUCCAAUGCUGGUCCAGACGGCAGGUUUGGAGGCACUGUAGAUGUUGAGCUCGGCCGGAAGGCGUGGGAGCACGCACGGCGGAGAGCUGAGGAUGGGUGCAUCAUCUUGGGAUCUUUGCACGAGUCCACUCCGUCGCUGUUCGCGCCUUUCGUAUCCGCACUGCCACUUUCGGUCCCUCAAACCUUCUACACCGCUCUUAAUAUUUUGCGAGCAUUUACGCAUUGUGUAACGCCACAAAACCCUUCUUAUCCUCGUCAUUCUUCUCUAGCCGCGACUUUCACGCUCAAUCUCGCGGGAAGCUUGACAGGAGUGUCUCUAGCGCUCUCUACAUCUGGGAUUGACACAAACCAAGGCUUGCUCAACGUGCCAGCGCAAACCGGCUUCCGCGCCUUCGACGUCUUCUACUACGUUGCAUCCAGCUCAGCGUCGCCUGCCGAGCGUGAGGCGCUCAAUCUGAAGCAUGUGUCACAGUACUCGCUGCUCAAAAAGUCCGGGACGUUUGAUCCACCGUCUUACAUGCCGACCGCAGAUGACGCAGCGGCGGCAGAGGACUUCAGAGAGAACCUAAGGUCUAUUGGCAUCAAGGGAGCCGACCUACGUAAUCUCAUCGCGACACUGGCCGCUAUACUCAAGCUUGGAGACACCCUAGGCUUCCUGGUCGAUGAUGAUGUGCUCGAGGAGGUGUGCGAGGAGGUUUCCGGCUUUCUCGACCUGGCUCCGGAGGCGCUGAUUAAGAACUGCGAUACACUGGAGCGCGAAGUUGUGAUUGCCGGGAUUUAUGAAGCAUUGGUUGACUGGGUUCUAUCGCGGGCCAACGAGACCAUGAAGCAAGAGAUACGAGGAGUUAAGGCUGCGUACUCUUCAAGCGACAGCGACGUAGGCCGAUCCGGUGCCGCCACCCCUAGGUCCAGCGAACCCGACGGCGAUACUGUCAGCAUCACUGUCGUUGAGAUCCCGAACCAAGCGCUUGGCAAGGCGGUGGCUCUCAAGACAGUCUUCGACGACUCGGAGGGCAUCAACCUCGAGAUGAAGGAAGAUGGUGUCCCUGUCGUCGCCGCUGGCUCUUCGGUCCUACGGGAGAUGAAGAGCGCCAUCUCUGAGUGCGAACCUGACCUCGGUAUCAUGCGCAACGCCUCCGGUCGCGAACGGGAAAGCGAGCGCGACCGCCGGGAGCACGUUCUUGACAAGCUCGUUCAUCAAUCAGAUGAUGACAGCUUUGUGCGCAGAAUUCUGUUUCCGGUGAGCGGUCAAGGUAUCCUCCUUGGGAAAACCGGCAGAUUUGACCUAUCAACUACCAUCAGCAGCAGCAGAGUUUGGUAUCAGCUUUCUCUACACCCUACGGAUGAAUCGCCCGCCGUAAUCGCCAGUAAUCCCUCCGCUUGGUCUGCGGGCACAGUUUCUCGCCAGCUGCGAGCUUGGCGACUGCCCGAAUGGGCCAAUCGCCGGAACAAGCAUCUUGACUUCACCGCUGAUUUCGAUAUCGAGGAAUUUUUCACCCGAUACUCUAGGCUUGGCUGCCACGAGGGUAAGGACGGCGUGGAAAGCUGGAUCAUGGAGCGAGGGUGGAGCAAUGGUGAGGUAGUCAUUGGCCGCGAGCGUGUCUGGAUCCGUGAGGGCGCGUGGUGGGAAGCCGAGAGCAUGUUGGACCUGCUGCCAGCCGAGACAUCUGCUGGAAGUAUGCUUGGUGGUAUGGUUGGCGCUGGCGGCUUAGAGACCGGAUACACCGUCCAAAGUGGCAUGAACGGCAGUGGCUUCUUCAACCAAUAUGUCACCGAAACGCCGGAUCCUAGCACAGACAACCUACUUCGACAACCAAGCUCGGCAACCAUGGCUCGAAGCCAGCUCGGCGCUCGAUCUCUUGCCCCAACUCAGGCGAAGACUAUGCGCAGCAUCAGCGGCGGAGACUACGGUCUAGGCAGAAAAGGCGAUGAGAACAAGGGUGAGGAUUACUACAACGAGCUCGACCCUGAGCUGGGCGACUCGAAAGUCAUCGUACAACAACCGAUUACAGCAUCUCGGAAAGCUUGGGUUGCCCUAACCUGGGCGCUUACCUUCUGGAUACCGUCUCCUGCACUUCGGCACAUUGGUCGCAUGAAGCGUCCAGAUGUCCGCAUGGCUUGGAGAGAAAAGCUCGUGCUCAUGUUCUUGAUCUUCCUGCUCAACGGUGCCGUCGUGUUCUACAUUGUGGCUUUUGGUCGCCUGCUUUGCCCUAACUGGGACAAGGCAUGGGACGCAAAAGAGGUAUCGUUCCAUCAGGGCGAUGCCGAUUUUUGGGUCAGUCAUCGCGGGGGUGUUUACGACCUGAGCAAGUUCUGGAAGAUACAGCACAGCGACCGAGCGGGCUACGACACCACCCGUGAAACAAUGCAGGAAUUUGCAGGCGUGGAUAUGGACCCUUACAUCACACCGCCGCUCACGAGGGCUUGUCCGAACCUGAAGAUUGACGAGAUGGUCGUUCUUACCCCUAACCUCACCGAGGCCACCAACUCGCUUGGUCUACACAGAUCGGGCCCCAUUCACAUGCCGGAUAUAACCACCGCACUUAACGACAUCAAGUGGUACGAGAGCAAAUUUCUCCCCAGGAUGAAAGAGUAUUACAAGGGCAAGCUCGUCUUCGAUGUCAAGAAGGUCAAAUCUGAGGGAGAAAACGACAACCACAUGUGGGCUAUCAUGAAUGAUAAGAUCUACGACCUGACGGACUACUUCAACACGCUCGAUGUCAUGAACGAGGAUCCCCGCUACGACUUCUUGGAUACCAAAGUGAAGGAGCUUUUCCAAAACAACCCGGGCGCCGACAUCACGGAGCUAUGGAAGGAGGAGUUUGGGCGCAACGUGACCGCCAGCAAAGCCAACAUGCAGUGCUUGGACAACGUCUUCCUCAAAGGAAGUACUGACUUCAGGAAGACCGCGAAGUGCCAGGUCAACAACUACAUCCUGCUUGCCUUUACCAUCAUCCUGUGUUCGGUCAUCUUGAUCAAGUUCCUUGCGGCAUUGCAGCUUGGGUCCAAGCGUCGUCCGGCUGCCCAGGACAAGUUCGUGAUUUGCCAGGUCCCCGCUUACACGGAGGGCGAAGAUCAGCUUCGGAAAGGUCUUGACUCGCUUACCGCUCUGGCAUAUGACAACAAGAGGAAGCUUAUAUGCGUCAUUUGCGAUGGCAUGAUCGUCGGUGGUGGCAACGAUAGGCCUACGCCGAAAAUCGUACUUGACAUCCUUGGGGUAGAUCCAAAGAUCGACCCUCCCGCUCUUCCCUUCAAGUCAGUCGGUCAAGGCAGCGAGCAGCUCAACUACGGCAAGGUGUACUCCGGUCUCUACGAAUUCGAAGGCAACGUCGUUCCAUACAUCGUAGUCGUUAAGGUCGGCAAAGAGUCCGAACAGGGCAAGUCGAAGCCAGGCAAUCGCGGCAAACGGGACUCGCAGAUCCUGUUGAUGAGUUUCCUGAACCGCGUCCAUCACCGGUCGCCUAUGUCCCCGCUUGAGCUGGAGAUGUUCCACCAGAUCAACAAUAUCAUCGGCGUGGAUCCUGAGCUGUAUGAGUAUCUCCUCAUGGUCGACGCUGACACCAAGGUCAAGGAGGACUCCCUCAACCGCCUUGUCGCUAGCUGUGCCAACGAUGCUAAGAUCGCCGGUAUCUGUGGUGAGACCAGCCUGGAGAAUGAGGAACGCAGUUGGUGGACCAUGAUCCAGGUCUAUGAGUAUUAUAUUUCGCAUCACCUGGCCAAAGCAUUUGAGAGCUUGUUCGGCAGCGUUACUUGUCUGCCCGGCUGUUUCUGCAUGUAUCGCUUAAGGACAGCCGACAAAGGCAGGCCGCUGAUCAUCUCUGACAAGGUUAUCCACGAAUACAGCGAUUGUGAAGUAGACACCUUACACAAAAAGAACCUUCUGUCCCUCGGCGAAGAUCGAUAUCUGACCACUCUCAUGACCAAGCACUUCCCCGGCAUGUCUUACAAGUUCGUACCCGAUGCGUAUGCGCUUACGGACGCCCCGGAGAAGUGGAGCGUUCUGCUCUCUCAGCGACGUCGGUGGAUCAACUCGACCAUCCAUAACUUGGCCGAACUGGUUUUCCUCAAGGAUUUAUGCGGCUUCUGCUGUUUCUCCAUGCGUUUUGUCGUCUUCAUCGAUCUCUUUGGAACCAUCAUUCUCCCAGCAACUUGCGCUUACCUUGCCUAUCUCAUCUACAUGGUUUCCAGUGGCACCGGCCAGUUUCCUCUAAUCUCAAUCAUCAUGCUUGCUGCGGUGUAUGGCUUGCAAGCUAUCAUUUUCAUCAUCAAGCGACAGUGGCAGCAUGUGGGGUGGAUGAUCAUUUACAUCCUCGCCUUCCCUAUCUAUUCCUUCGUUCUACCCAUCUACUCCUUCUGGAAGCAAGACGAUUUCUCAUGGGGCAACACCCGCGUGGUCAUCGGCGAAAAGGGUGACAAGCAAGUCGUUGCCGUAUCCGACGAGGGUUUCGAUCCGCGCAGCAUCCCUCUCCAGCGCUGGGACGACUAUGCCGCGAUGAACAACCUCCCCGGCCGCCGCGGGCUCGCCACGACCACCGAGAAGUACGCCCAAAGCAACUACGAGGACGGCGGCGCCUACGAAAUGGACGACAUGCAAUCCGUCUACUCCUCCGUCAAGCCUGCCUCCACCAUCCUGACCGGCUUCCCCGGCGGCGCCGCACCCAGCGGCUACCACAUGCCGCCGCAGUCCCCGGCGCCGUUCGCGGGCAUGCAGCAGAGGCACUCGAACUACUCCAACUUCUCGCGCUACACGGACACCCCGCUCGACCCGGCGGGUACAGGCCGCCUCAUGUCCAUGGGCGCCGUCUCCGACCACGCGCAGAACUACCCCUAUAACGCUGCCGGCACCCCCGGACGGCCCAGCAUGGCGAACUUCCACCAGUCCUCGGACAACUUGAUGGCGAUGGCGAGCCCGCCGCUGCCGCAGCAACGGCGCUCGCCGCUCGGGUUCGCGAGCCAGAGCCGCCCGGUCAGCACGGUGAAUUUCCAGAACAUGGUCAAUGGACCGAGUGAUGGAGCUAUUGUGGAGGCGAUCCAGGCGUGUCUUAGAGAGGUCGAUAUGGAUACGGUUACGAAGAAGCAGUUGAAGGCGCUGGCAGAACAGAGGCUGCAGACGCAGUUGACGGGGGAGAGGAGGGUGUUUUUGGAUCAGGCUAUUGACCAUGAGUUGGCGAAUAUGUAG